GGCCGGCCGGCGGGGCUAUUUUUACGCGGGGACACCGGACACCGGACACCGGGCCCCGCCAUGGAGCCGCGCUGCCGGCCGCGCUGCGCCUGCUGCGAGCGGCUGGUGCUCAACGUGGCGGGGCUGCGCUUCGAGACCCGCGCGCGCACGCUCGGCCGCUUCCCCGACACGCUGCUCGGCGACCCCGCGCGCCGCCGCCGCUUCUACGACGGCGCCCGCCGCGAGUACUUCUUCGACCGCCACCGGCCCAGCUUCGACGCCGUGCUCUACUACUACCAGUCGGGCGGCCGGCUGCGGCGGCCGGCGCACGUGCCCCUGGACGUCUUCCUGGAGGAGGUGGCUUUCUACGGGCUGGGCGGCGCCGCGCUGGCGCGCCUGCGCGAGGACGAGGGCUGCGCCGCGCCGCCCGAGCGGCCCCUGCCCCGCCGCGCCUUCGCGCGCCAGCUCUGGCUGCUCUUCGAGUUCCCCGAGAGCUCGCAGGCCGCGCGCGUGCUCGCCGUCGUCUCCGUGCUCGUCAUCCUCGUCUCCAUCGUCGUCUUCUGCCUCGAGACGCUGCCCGACUUCCGCGACGAGCGCGACGCCGUCGACCUCGCGGCUGCCGGCGGCCCGUUCCCUGCCCGCCUGAAUGGCUCGGCCUGGGCUCCUGAUGCGCCGCCGUCCCGGGCCCCCUUCGACGACCCGUUCUUCCUGGUGGAGACGCUGUGCAUCUGCUGGUUCUCCUUCGAGCUGCUGGUGCGCCUGGCCACCUGCCCGAGCAAGGCCGCCUUCUUCAGGAACGUGAUGAACAUCAUCGACUUUGUGGCCAUCCUGCCUUACUUCGUGGCGCUGGGCACAGAGCUGGCCCGGCAGCGGGGCGUGGCCCAGCCGGCCAUGUCCCUGGCCAUCCUGCGGGUCAUCCGGCUGGUGAGGGUCUUCCGCAUCUUCAAGCUGUCCCGUCACUCCAAGGGACUGCAGAUCCUGGGCCAGACACUGCGGGCCUCCAUGCGGGAGCUGGGGCUGCUCAUCUUCUUCCUCUUCAUCGGCGUGGUCCUCUUCUCCAGCGCCGUGUACUUCGCUGAGGCCGACCGAGCCGACUCCCACUUCACCAGCAUCCCCGAGUCCUUCUGGUGGGCCGUGGUCACCAUGACCACCGUGGGCUACGGCGACAUGGCCCCGGUCACCGUGGGCGGCAAGAUCGUGGGCUCCCUCUGCGCCAUCGCCGGCGUGCUCACCAUCUCCCUACCCGUGCCCGUCAUAGUCUCCAACUUCAGCUACUUUUACCACCGGGAGACUGACGGUGAGGAGGCCGGCAUGUACAGCCACGUGGACACGCAGCCCUGCGGGGCCCCCGAGGGCAAGGCCAACGGGGGGCUGCUGGACCCUCCGAGCCCCGAGCUGCCACCCCCAAUCUGGGCCCCCCCAGGAAAACACAUGGUCACGGAAGUGUGAGAGACAGUGAGGCUGGCGGGGGGGGGGGGGCACACCCCUCGAUUCCAGUAGGGAGAGAGGGGGGCCAGCUUUAGGACCCCCUGAGCUGGUUGGGGGGGCAGGGGACACUGCUUUGGUUCUUGAUCGCCUGGCUUGCGAGCUCCUGCUUUAAUACUCGUGAAUGGCCUUGGGUCACGCUGAAUGUCAGUGGGGAUGGGAAACCAUUCCAAGUUUUUGGGUUUUUUUUUUUUUGGGGGGGGGAAGGGGCAUGUCAAGGCCUCUGGAGUGCGUGACUUCACCGCUCCCAGCCCUCUUUUUCAUUCACAUAGGUGGAAGGAGGCAUAUCAUCAUGCUGGAGUUUCCCCAGUUGCUGUGGCACAUUCGUGUGGUGCUGGGGUUUGAACCCGGGCAGCGUGCUUGGUGAGGCAGGUGUUGUAUCCAGGGAGCUCUCUCUCUCUGCAGGCC